UUCAGAGUCAGAACAAGGAGGCGAUGAAGAACUGAAUCUGUGUGUAGACGAAGACGAAGGAAGAGAGUAAAGAGUUGGCGAAAAAAUGGACGCAAACAUGAUGGCUGGACUAGAUGGUCUUCCUGAAGAAGACAAAGCACAAAUGAACUCCAUGAUUGAGCAGCUUCAGCUACGCGACAGCUUGAGGAUGUACAAUUCAUUGGUCGAGAGGUGCUUUGUGGACUGUGUUGAUAGCUUUACACGCAAAUCUCUACAUAAACAAGAGGAGACUUGUGUUAUGCGGUGCGCUGAGAAGUUCCUUAAGCACACUAUGCGUGUUGGUAUGCGUUUUGCUGAGCUCAAUCAGAACGCACCAACCCAAGACUGAAAAAAACUCUGCUUCCUUCAGUUUUGUUUUUUUUGGUGCGGUUUAUUGUCCCAAACCAGAAUAAACCGGUUGUUAGUUGUUCAGGUUACUCUUCUUUGAACACCAAACUCCUGUACUGUGAAAUUGUUUUGACUAAAUCCAAAUUCUGAUAUUGAAAUUUAUUUGUAUUUCA